AUGGCAUUUAAAGAGAUUGCAGUGAUAGGGGCAGGUGGUAUUGCAGGCUUAGCUAGUAUAUUCGAGCUACUUCAUGUCGACAACAAUGGGACAUCAACAAUAGGAAAAGGGCGAGCUCAAGAUCCAGCGUUUACUAAGAUUGUUGGGUUCGAGCAAAAGGGUGAUGUUGGUGGUGUUUGGAAUGUGGAAGGUUAUAAAACUGAUUCAGAGCUUUCUUCUCAAGACAUUUUAGAUACUGAACAUUAUAAUGAUGUUAAUACUUUAAGGCCGAAGCAUAAACUUCAACCUUCAUUUGAUAAAUUGAUCAAUACAAGUGUUGAUAAUUGGGUAGAAACUGAAAAGGAUGAGUCUUACCUACAAUGGAAAGGUAGUGCAGUAUAUCCCAGAUUAUACACCAAUACACCUGAAUUCUCGUUGAGAUAUUCAACAAUGGAGAAAGCGAAUGAUAGGGUUAAGGAUCUAGAUCCCUUUUUAACUCAUCAAGCCUUACAUCAAAGACUUCAAACAUUUGCUGAUCAAAAUGAUCUGAAGCAAAAUAUAAGAUUCAAUAGUGAAGUGGUCAAAGCUGAUAAGAUAGACGGUAAGUGGAGAUUGUUAAUAAGAGUAGAGAAAGACGCUAAAGAUUAUUGGUAUACUGAAUUUUUCGAUGCUGUUAUUGUUUCACAAGGUUUCUUCUCUGUACCAUUCAUACCACUUAUCAAAGGCCUUUCUGAGUAUAAUAAAAGAUAUCCAGGCGCUAUAUUACACUCAAAAUCUUAUAGAGACCCACAAAGGUUUAAAGAUAAGAAAGUCGUAAUUUUGGGUGGUAAUAUUUCCACAAUUGAUAUUGGACAAUAUUUAGCACCAGUUGCAAAAGAAGUAAUCAUAAGUAGAAAUACAUCAAAAUCGGCACCAGCACCAUGGAUGGAUCGAUGUGUUCAAAGUUUUCCAAAUGUGUCAAGAAUUAAAGAAUUUUUACCAGAUACUAAAGAAAUUGUUCUACAAAGUGGUCAUAGAUUACAAAAUGUUGAUAAUGUAAUCUUAGCAACUGGGUAUCAUGUUAAAUCACCAAUAUUUGAUGAUGAUGUCUUGGAGUAUUCAAUCCCAUCAGGUCAAGACAGUGCAACUUCAAGAUCAAGAGCAAGAAAUAAUUACCUUCAUACAUUCAAUAUUGAAGAUCCUUCAAUAGCAUUUGUUGGACGAUUAGUUGUUCAAGCUGCUUGUAGAAAUGCUGAAGCUGAAGCUGCAGCUAUUGCAGGUGUAUGGAGUGGAUAUAGUAAGUUACCUUCUAAAGAGGAACAAUAUGAAUGGGAACUUCAAAAAAUCAUUAGUGCAGGUGGUGAAGAAUAUUUUCAUUGGGAAGAUUUUUACACUGUGAAGGAAACUUUUUAUGAUGUUAUAAAGCAAUAUUACCCUAAAGAUAGGCCAGAUCCUAUUGGUAAUGAACUUGAUGAUUUCAAAGAUUAUGAAUAUUCUCUGAAUUCUUUUGAAAGACUGUUCAAUGAUUUCAAAAAUGGUAAAAUAGAAGUUGAUCAUGAAUUUUAA